UUGUGACCCGCAGGACACAGCCCGGGGCAGGAAGAGAUCAAAUCUACCAGCUACCCUGACGUGCCUGCCUUUCUCCCCUGUCCAGCUGAAAUCAUUCCAACACGGCUUUUUCACUACUGGCAAGAAAACGGGGUCCACACGAUAGCAAGUAACUACUGAUUAAAUUUUCCCAUUUUAACACAGGCAUACGGAGGGGCUCUUUUGCAGCAGGGAAGCUCUGCAGACAUUAAGGAGAGGAAGAAGACAGGCUGGGCUUUUGUUUUAUUUUCUCUUUCUCUUUGAGCUGAGCUGGCAAGUCUCAGGUUUGAAUGGGAGUCAUCUGGGUUUCUUUGGACAGUCAAUCAGGAACAACAAUGGACCAACACGAAUGCGGUCACUCUGUAUUUCCCCAGUCCAGGCUUUUCACUGGUGGUCAAGACCACAGCCCAGCCCAGCGAGGUCAGAAGAGCCACCUCUGGCCUUAGAACAGAGUCAAGUUACUUAAGCCACCUGGAGAUCGAACCCACAGUCGUGGCUACUACACAUCUCUGAUCUUCAGAAAAUUUGUCUUGUACACAGCCAGAACUGGGUGAAUCAGGACCAUAUAUGAAGAACCAACGUGCCAGAGGAUCAGAGCUGAGAAUCAUUCUGGUGGGCAAAACAGGAACGGGCAAAAGUGCCACCGGGAACAGCAUCCUUGGGAAGCAAGCAUUUGGGUCGCAGCUGACUGCCCAGCCGUUCACUAAGACUUGCAGUGAAAGUCAGGGAAGCUGGGGAAAGAGAGAGAUGGUCAUUAUCGACACACCGGAUAUGUUUUCUGGGGAGGACCACUCCGAUUCCCUGUGCAAAGAGGUGCAGAGAUGCUACUUACUCUCGGCACCAGGACCCCAUGUGCUGCUCCUGGUGACCCAGCUGGGCCGAUUCACCGCCCAGGACCAGCAGGCUGUGCAGAGGAUGAAGGAGAUCUUUGGAGAAGAUGCCAUGAGUCACACAAUUGUCCUCUUCACCCACAAAGAAGACCUCGAGGGAGACUCCUUGACGGAUUACAUCCAGGACACAGAUAACAAAGCCCUCCGCAAGCUGGUGGCAGCAUGUGGGGGGCGAGUGUGUGCCUUUAACAACUGUGCUACAGGGAGUGAUCGGGAUGGCCAAGCGAAGGAGCUAAUGGACUUGAUGGAAGGCCUGGUGUUGGAGAGAAGGGGUGACCACUACACCAAUGGGCUCUACAGCCUAGUAACAGCGUCAGGAUGUGGACCUGUGUGCGAAGAGGAAAGGUUAAAGGAUUUCAAAAGAGAUCUUAGGAAGUACAUGGAAAAUCAGAGACGUUACUCCACCAUGGCCAAAGCAAAUUACCUGAAACAAGCCCUAAUCAAGACACCAGCCGUUUAUUUUUUAUUUUUUAUUCAUUUCUUUCUCAAAUUGCUAAUUCUGUUAUUUUGUGUAUUGUACAGAAUGUGCGUCUCGUUUUGCUGCUUUCUUUUGAGUGUAUGCUGUUUGUUCUGUAGCUUACUGUUAAUGAUAGCCAAAAUAUUGCUGAUAAGUUUGAGAAAGAUCACUGGGCUGGAAGGCAAGACUCCUAGAUUAUAGUUACAGGUCAGCGAUUAUUUAUUCACGACCAGAUACUGGGUGAAUCCACGUGCCUCCCCUGGAAAACGCAGUGCCUGACAUCAGUAAAUGUUUGCGGUUCUGUGAAGUGUUUAAAUCUUAACAUCACUCUCUUAAUGAACCGAGUUAUUUUAACAGUUACUGUCUGCCUUGAAAUUUAAUAUGAAAAGCGUUUGAAAGCUGUAAGCAUAAAAUUCCUCAUUUGCGAAUCUCUAAAGCCAGUUUUAUGUUCCUGGAAACUCCUUUUCUUCUUUAUGAUACUAUUAUUUCUACUGAAUAUAAUAAAAACAACAAUAAAACUUCUACUCGGUGUAAGAACAUA